CCUCUCCAAAAUUUGAUCAGUAACUCACUUCAAUUAACAAUAAACUUAUCUAACCUUGACUCAUUAGCUGAGUCUAUUGCUAAUAUACAUCAACAAAUCAAAAAUCUUCAAUGUAUGCAGAUCCACAACUCACCAAAUAUACUAUCUCUUUUAUCAACAAUUCCUGGUCUUGUUCCUAUUGAAAUUAUAUCUGUUCUUACUGAUCUCACUUUAUCCAAGAAAACUGCAAUAUCACUUGCAAUCAAAUUUCAGUUACAUCUUAAUAAACAAAUUUAUAAUUCUAUCUGGAUUCCAUAUUGUAUCUCUAGAUCCCAAGCUAAUCUUUCUGCUAAUCAAUCAUCUUCUAUAUCUACUAUAUCAUACCAAACUUGA